AUGGCGACCGUCAUCAUCGUUGGUGUUCUCGCUACACUCUUCUUGUAUGGCCUAUACCAGUGGCUACUCCCAAAACCACUGCCCGACAUUCCUUACAACAAUGCUUCCGCAAAAAACAUCUUCGGCGAUAUACCCGAACUCGUCAAAGAGGUCUCGAAAACUGGAGAUUUCGCGGACUAUAUCCGCAAGCAGAGCAGGAAGCACAAUUCCCCAAUCACCCAAUUGUUUAUGACGCCCUUUGGAAAGCCUUCUCUUCUGGUCUGCGACUUCAGAGAGGCCCAAGAUGUCCUCCUCCACCGGGGCAAGGAGUUCGACAGAUCCAGGUUCGUCGGCGAGCUCUUCUACGGGACGGGCAAGAAUCACCAUAUCACGAUGAAGACUGGGCCUGAAUGGAAGGCUCGCAGGAAACUUCUGCAGGACCUCAUGUCACCUAGCUUCCUUCACAACGUUGCCGCACCUACUGUCUAUGCCAGCAGCUUGAAUAUCCUGAAGCUGUGGGAGCUGAAGGCUGACCUCGCUGAUGGGCGGCCGUUCCUGGCCUCGAAGGACAUCUUCCACGCCGCUUUGGAUGCUGUGCUGGCUUUCACAUUUGGAAUCGGCUUCAAGGAGGACGCCACCACGCGCCAGAUCCAACUGAUGCAGAGUCUCGAGCGCGGAAAGAUCGCUGCCGGCGGGGCGGACGUCCCCGUCAAAUUCCCGACCGCGACAUUGGGCACAGCUAUUUCUAGCAUACUUUUCCUAACCGCGUCCGUGGAGCGCGUGAGGGGGGCUGCUAGCAUGCGCUUGAAGUGGUGGUUCAUUCAAAAGGAGACUGGGUUCAAGAAGGCGCAGAAGGAUAAGGAUGAAGCUAUCCACGGGGAAAUCGAAAAGGCCAUCCAAGCUCGACGGAAGAACGGGCAAGGUGGAAACGACGCAUGGGUCCAGUCAGCGGUCGAUCACAUGGUCGAUCGCGAAGUUCGUGUGGCCGAAAAGGAAGGGCGACAAUCGAAUCCCCAUUCACCAGACAUGCUGGAAGAGAUCCUGGGUUUUAUCAUCGCCGGCCACGAUACAACAAGCACCACCCUCUGCUGGGGCGUCAAGCUCCUGGCAGACCACCCAGGAGUCCAGCAACGCGUCCGCGACGACAUGCAAGCCGCCUUCCCCGAGGCCAAGGCCGAGGGCCGACUGCCCUCCGUCACCGAGAUCACCAAAGUGUCCAUCCCAUACCUCGAGGCCACCAUGGAGGAGAUCCUGCGCGUGGGCAACACGGUCCCUAUAACCGACCGCGAUGCCGUCCAGGACACCACCCUCCUGGGCCACUUUGUCCCCAAGGGGACCCAAGUGUUCUUCCUGGCCAAUGGGCCCUCGUUCCUCGAGCCGGCCUUUGAUAUCGAAGAGUCGCGGAGGAGCCCGCACGCCCGGGAGGGCAAGGCGCGUGUUUGGGAGAGCGAGGACAUCGGAGCCUUCAAGCCUGAGCGGUGGCUUACGGAGGAGAAUGGUAGGGAGGUGUUUGAUAGCCAAGCUGGACCGGACAUGCCCUUUGGUCUUGGAACCAGAGGCUGUUAUGGCCGCCGCCUGGCGUACCUGGAGUUGAGGCUGUUGUUGACGGUGUUCUUGUGGAAGUUUGAGUUUCAAAAGUGCCCCGCGGAGUUGUCUAGAUACGAUGCUGUUGAUGGAGUUGUCCAUGGACCCAAGGACUGUUAUGUUAGGUUGCGGAAGGUUGCGGCCUGA